AACGGAUAGUAAUUCAUCAUAGAGUCGUACUGCAGCUGGCUGUGCUAUUGCAAGUGUGGUCGGACCUUCGCCUUCCUAUUUCUCGUCGAUGGCUUGAACCCGGCUCUGCCUAUUGGAUGGACUGCAUAGUCACAACCCUCUCCUCUACACCAAAUCAGAACUGCAUCUCCCACUCUCGCCCAACCUGUGUCCGACGUGCGAAACCUGAAACGAACUUGAGAGAGGAGCCGUCCACCAGCGCCGAGUGUUACGGCACUGCUCAAAUAUCGGCUCCAUGCACUACGAGAGCAGAGCUUGACAGCUCCGAGGGCACCGUACAACUUCACGCACAACAAGAUCAUGCUCAACUAAUCCUACACCCGCAACCAAACCAUUACGAUCCAAACGAUCCUCUGAGAUGGCCGAAGUGGAAGAAGUACACCUGCUUCAGCAGUGUUUGCGCCUUCGCGUUCUUCACCAACUACGCCAUUGGAGGUCUCGCGCCGGCCUUUUAUCCUCUAAGCAUCGAGUCUCACAAAUCCAUGACCGAGACCAGCGAGCUUCUAAUUUGGCCGAUUCUGGUACUGGGACUCUUCAACUUCUUCUGGGUACUUCUGGCGAACUUCUUCGGAAAGAGACCGAUUUUCGUCGUCUCAACUCUUCUACUGACAGUCUGCUAUCUUUGGGGAGCUCUUCCGAAGACAUUUCCGAGUCUUCUGUGGAGCAAUGUUAUAGCUGCCUUUGCGGGCUCGGCAAGCGAGGCACUUGCUGCUUCGAUCGUGAACGAUGUGUUCUUUCUACACGAAAGAGCCAACCUGAUGGACUGGUAUAUGAACGCGAUAUCUGGGGGCAAUACCAUUGGGCCACUGAUAUGCGGUUUCGUGAUCACUGGCUCGACCUGGCGUAUACACAAGUGGUGCGCCUUUGGAGCGACAGCUCUGAACUUCCUAGCAGUCCUGCUAUUUGUGCCGGAGACACGCUAUGAUCGCACGUCCCUGCCCGAAGAGCCGGCCGCAAAUAGUUCAGACGAAAGCCUAGCGGUGUGCACCCCUAAUAGUGACCAAGUCAAGCACGGUCGCCAGUCGAUUGCUGCACCUACUCUGCACACCUGUCGUGAUGCUGAGAAGGCUUUGCAAGACCCUAUGGUCUCAGCACUUCAUUCGAUCCAUCCUACACCAUCCACUCCGAUUCUGAGCAAAACCUAUGUCCAGGAGCUUAGCCUUUGGUCGGGCCUUCCAAAGGACACCAACCUCCUCAAACUCUUUCUCCGACCGCUACCCAUGAUCGCCUAUCCGGCUGUGAUCCUCGCCUUCCUUGGUUUUACAGUCAGCUCAGCUUGGGUUGUCGCCAUCAGUAUAUUGAACUCAUUCAUCCUGCAAGCUCCGCCAUACAAUUGGACUCCAGAUGUGAAUGGUCUGAUCAAUAUCCCAGGCCUUAUCGGAAAUCUGAUCGGAGCGUUCGUUGGAGGAUGGGCUGUAGACCGGUACAGUGAUUGGAAAAGCAAAAGGAAUGUCGGUGUUCUUGCCAGAGACUGGACUCCAUCUUCU